GUAUCGACUUCUGGUCGUACUGGUAAUCUCCUGGGAGAGUGCUCGCGAUGGGCCUCGGGCAUCAGCUGGCUGAAUCAAGUAAGGCCUGUGUGCCGGGGUCGUUGGAGUCGUCGGGUCUGGCUGAGAGUCUGGGCAAGGGGACGGAGCAGUAUCCAGUGCAAAAGGCGCACAAAAAGCGACGAGGCAGCAGUGAUGGAAUCCGCGGUUGCAAGAGAGAGGCAGCGGCGGCGAACACGAAGACGAAGAGGUGGGAGAUUGGACAAGACAAAACAAUACAAGGCCAAGUUGCUGGAAUGGCUCGCCGUGUCUGGAACAAGUACAACUACCUAAGGGCGUCUAUCAAAAUUGGACAUUUGGCAGAAAAAGCAAAGAAGAGAGGGAACCCAAGAGAUGACGAGCGCGAGGGCUUGAUAGACGGGCUGGAUCCCGGCCAGAGGCUCGGACGCUCUCUGCAAUACGCCUUGCGCGAGGACGGACCAGCAAAUGGCACUGGGGCAUCCACGUCGAAGGUACAGGCGCAAGCACCAACAUGA